CACAAGCCUCUGCCGCAGCUAGCCGGCAUCUAAUUUUGAAUAUCGCUAUACUCUUUUUAAAUAAUCCUCAAUUCGGGCGACAGUGCGCGACGUUCGUUUCUGGCUUUUUCUUCUUUCCAAACGCCGUUUUUAACGUUUUCAAGAAAUAAAGUCCCGUUUAUUCUCGAUGAUAUACCGCGCGGUACCGAAUUUUCUGUGAGAUUCCUCAAGGUUCUAUUUUUCCAGAGUGCCGGUGCAUUGAAAGCCGACAAGCUGGGGGGAAGCGUGGAGUUGCCGACCAUGAAAUGGCCGAAGAAGUUGAGCUGGGAGGGCAAUCUCGACUCGACGGACCAGAAUAACAACAUCACGAUGACUUCGGAAGAUCUUCUACAGCCGGGUCAUGUGGUAAAGGAAAGAUGGAAGGUUUGUCGGAAGAUCGGUGGUGGGGGGUUUGGAGAAAUCUACGAAGGCCUGGAUCUGAUAACAAGAGAACAUGUUGCAUUGAAGGUGGAAUCUGCCCGACAACCUAAACAAGUUCUAAAGAUGGAAGUUGCAGUACUCAAAAAACUGCAAGGCAAAGAACAUAUUUGUAGAUUUAUUGGCUGUGGUAGAAACGACAGGUUCAAUUACGUAGUGAUGCAGCUCCAAGGGCGAAACCUUGCGGAACUUCGCAGGUCACAACCGCGCGCGUCUUUCAGCCUGUCAACGACACUUCGUCUAGGACUUCAAAUACUCAAAGCUAUAGAAAGUAUACAUUCUGUAGGAUUCCUGCACCGUGAUAUUAAACCUAGUAAUUUUUCGAUGGGAAGGUUGCCAUAUAAUUGUAGGAAAGUAUACAUGUUAGAUUUUGGACUCGCCAGGCAAUAUACGACAGCUACUGGUGAAGUGAGAGCCCCCAGAGCGGCUGCAGGCUUUAGGGGAACUGUGAGAUAUGCCAGUAUUAAUGCACAUAAGAAUAGAGAGAUGGGAAGGCACGAUGACCUAUGGAGUCUCUUCUACAUGUUAGUUGAAUUCGUGAAUGGCCAGUUGCCCUGGAGAAAGGUCAAAGAUAAGGAACAAGUGGGUUUGAUGAAGGAAAAAUACGACCACAAGCAGCUAUUGAAGCAUUUACCCUCAGACCUUAAGCAAUUCCUAGACCAUAUAAUGGGUUUGGAGUAUGCAGAUAAGCCGGAUUACCAGAUGCUUAUUUCCCUCUUUGAACGUUGUAUGAAAAGGAGGGGAGUUAAAGAAUCGGAUCCCUAUGAUUGGGAGAGGACUUCUACGGCAGAGACGAUCACACCGCCUCAGAAUACGCAACCCACAACAACAGCAGCACCUACCACCAAUGCGAAACACAUUAAACAUGCCGUAGAUAAUAACCAAGAGAAUAUCGAGCCAACCGACAACAAGGAGGCUCAAGAUGCUAGGAGAAAGAGACUGGAAACAGAAAGCACAGCUGCAAACCCAACGGAAUUGCAAACAAAUACAGCGAGACCAAAUGUGGAUAAAAAUUGCAACGCUACUUCCACAGAACAAAUUCUGCAAGCUCCUAGACGUAGGGCAACAUCUCAUUUAGAGCAGGCCCCAGAAAGGCUAGAUAACGAGGCUGUAGGUUCUACAAAAUCGAUAUCAGACGUCAACCAGAAACCCGCACCUCUCCGUAAGAGCCAGAGUGGCGUUGCAACCGUAGGAAGACUGAGGGUGGUAGCUCCCACCACCGCUAGCCUGGUAGACCCAAGUAGUACUCCGGAACAAGAGAGACCAAGAAGGAGACAGCCUUCGGCUGCGCGAAGCUCGAGGGCUGGAGCCAGAGAUCAGAGUUUGACCCAGUUCGCUGUCAUCGAUGACGAGAAUGUCAGCCAACAGGUGACAAGAGGUGGAGCUCUCACCCUCGCCAGUCAAUGGAAAUCGCAGUUCGACGACAGCGAGGAAACCACAGAUAAUGAGUGGAAACCCGAAUCGCCAGAACAUAGAGCCGGCCUUGGCGUUCCAUUAGAAAACGUCGUACAAACAGCUCCUCCGGUAUUGAGUAGAAUAAGCGAAGAUUCUAGGACUAGUCACAGAAAAUAUGUUAACAUAGUGGGCAUAGAAGACUACCCACAGCUAAUGGGCGGUCUACCAAGAUCUUGGUCUGCUCCAUCUUUAGGUAUGUCUUUGAGAUCUGGCUUGAAGCCGCCAUUGCUUCAGGAAGCAGCUGUCGAUGACCUAGUAUUCAAGGUCGACGUGAUGCGAAACGUAGCUUCCAAACAUUACGACAAAGAAAUUGAAGCGAAUAAAGACGUUCCAAACAAUAUGAACAAAUGGAAUAGUUUACCAAAUGUUUGUUUAAAGGAUGCACAAGGAAUGAAAACUUCAGAAAUUGAGGAAACGCAAAAUGAAGACAGAUUAGAAGAGGUUGCUGGAAAAUUGGAAAUACGGGUGGUGCCAGGUGAACAGAGUAACCCUAGCAACUUCAUCGCAAAAGUUAUACCAAGAGACAUCCAGAAUCACCCACCUGAACUUCACCUCAACGGUCUGAAUAGCAGGUCAAGGACUGAAAAAACGAAGAGUAUUUUGAAGCAGACUAGUAAAGAUAGAGCAGACGGGGAACUUCCUAGUCCAAAGACGGAACAAGUGGCUUUCGUUGAUAGCCCUCACGUCGAAGUUAAGAAGAGGGUCAGCUUGGAUGAUCAAAUAAAAAUUGAGAUUGGAAAGGAUGGUCCAGACCAGGUGGAACACCAUGUGCUGAACCCCAUAGCAAAAAAAGACGUCAGUCAUGAGUCCAACUCCAAGUCAGACAGUUGCAAGAGCAAUAAGUCGAGGAAGGAGGAAGUGGAAAACGAUAAAUUCCUGAAUUUAUCGAGUAAGAACCGAUCAGAUGAUCUUCGGAGGGAUGCGUUGGAAAACCUCAGGACCGAAGGAAAGUCCGAUUCUAGUUCCAGCAUGAAGGAUAAGAUCGACCAGAGUUUGAAGAACGUGAGACAUGCUAUAGAUGGAAAGAAGAAGGAAAUAGAAAAAAACGGGAUCGUUGAAAAGCCCAGGUGUUCGCCAGGAGUGGACUUGACCUCGAAUCCCAACGUCACCUUCGUAUCGUUUUCCAAUACGAUCACUCAGGAUCCAAGUAGAGAAAAAAGAACCCUUGCCAACGGUCUGAGUCCAGGUUUAGAAGAACAAUCUGAAUACUUCGAUGCGACCGAGAACCCUAAGGAGAAAAGAUUGGACCCUGACGACGAAGAUAGUGGCGUGGACAAUGCCAGUCAGAUACUCAGGGAACUGUCGACCAGCCCUGCCUUAGAGGGUGGUAAACUGUCCAAGAUUCCAGUGGCGGUGGGCGCUGGACAGAGGCUCUCAAAAUGCAUGUCUUGGUCCGGCGAUUUGACCCCUGGGCUGAGGAGGAGGAGACAGGGGGAGAAAUAUGUUACCGACCCUAGUCAGCUGAACUUGAAAUUCAAAAGACACUCGACUGUCGGAGGAGGCCUUAGAUCCCGAGGUAUUCCGACUUGCCUGAUAGGGGGUGGCACUGAAAGCUCUCCAGACACUUCUGAAGGUCCUCCUCCCCCACCUCCUGAAGGCAGCCCACCACCAGAAAGUCAGGUUAGGUGCAGAAGAUACAGACCGGUGACUUAGUGAAAACAGUCUGAGGACUAUUUUUUCGAUAUUACCCCCUUGAUCGGGACCUGCUGAGCUGCGUUGCCCAAUAGGCAGAAACACGAUAUUCAGAUAGAUAUUGGAGAAUGUGGCGUUCAGAAGGGUAGAACUGAGUUAAAUAAUAGGAAAAAAACACAAAAUAUAAGAUAAAUCACGAAAAAAAGCAGUAGAGUUCCAUCGCUUAGUCUUUCGCGACUCCCUAGACGAAUUCUACAAUCUCCACCGUCUUGAUAAUCUUGAUUUUUAUCAGUUUGACAUGUUUGUUGAACGAGUUGCAGUUGAGAUUGUGCCAUUCUGUGAGAUGGCAGCUGUUGCCAGAUAUUGGCCCCUUUUCUAUAUUGUUGUAAAUUAAUUAUAAUGAUUGUAACUUUCGCCUGGUGAUGUCUAUUUUGCACAUUUCAUUGUGAUCAACCUAUGUAUAAAGAUUCCGAUCGUUGAUGUUUCUCGAGUAGCGUUCGUUCAAGAACGAUACACUCCAUAUUUUCUUGGAUCUUUUGGACAAGGCCACUUAUUGAUUGUUAUAGUUUUAGUUCUUUUGUCCAGACCUUAUAAUGAAUUGCUUGGUCCAAGAGUCCUCGAAUUAUGAUUGGGUAAUGGAAUCGUUUUAAACGUAAAAAAAUGGAGGAUUUGACGAGGAGAGGAAUUUGGAUUACUAUGCCAAAAAGAUGCCUACUGAAAGAAAAUUGCUUGAGUUCAUAGUAACAACUGGCCUCUUAAGUUAAUCUCUUUAAAUAAAAGCUGAAUCGUCUUGGUUGCUGCUUUCCAGCUUUAAGUGUCUAUAUGUAUAUCGAAUAUAAUUUGAGUACCUUUAUAGAGUUGUAUAACAAAAUGUUGAGCUGUGAUUUGAAUACUAGUACUUACUCUAAAUGGAGAUCACACUCCUUUAGAGAAACUCGAUGGGCGCUCUCUAUUACAAAGUUAAGGUGAAAAUUUCAAAAAUACGGAAUCGAAUUCAAUUGAAGUCUUUUAUGAAAUUAUUAAAUAUAUAAAACUAUUCAAUAAUAAGUUCGUAUCUUAGUUUAAAAGCGAAAGGCACCACAGCAACACUGAAAUCUAGCCUAAACAUGAAUAGUCCUGCUUUUCUUCUUAUCUCCAAAAAAGGUUUUUUAAUCACCAACAUUAUCUAGGCUAGAAUCCGGUGUAGCAUCGCUGAAUUCAUAAUUUUUAUGAGCUUUGCAAAACUGACCAAGAUGAGACAUUCAAAAAAUAUAACCUGACCAUCGAUCUUAGGUUAUUCUUCUUGAACAAAACGAUAUACUCUUUUUAUCCAAUAUUUUCGAUUGUAUGACAGACGGUUGAAAGUGUCUAUUUUUUUACCCAACCUACGAUUUAUAUCCUUUCAUUUUACAGUAAUAAGAUCGGCUUGUACCUUAUAAAAUCAGUUCAGAUGAAUAUUAGGAAAACGUAUUGAAAAAUCAUUUACUUCUAGAUUCAUCUUAUCAAAUAAGAAGUUUAACAAUGAUAACGAUACACAAUAGAUGCAUUUGUUGAUCAUAUAUUACUGCUGAUUUCUGAAUAGUUACUCAUUCGAUUCGUCUAUUUUUGCCCCGUUUGUUGUAAUAUAUUCAUGAUAAACCAAUCGAUACGCUGAUCUAGUCAAAAUACUAUUAUUUUUACAAAUGUAGAUACUUAAUUCUAGUCAAACUAAAAAAAAUUUAAUCUAGAGAAAACGAAAACAUAUGAUUAAUAUUACGUAAUAAUAAAUGCGGGAUAUAAUAUGCUGAUAUUAUUGUUAAUUAUUUUUAGACUGCAUCCUUAUUGACAAUGAUUUGUUUUCAGUUUAUAUUUUUGUUUCGAAUAUCUGUAUUUGUAAUAAUAUAAUAAAAGUUUACUUAAUUA